AUGGACCUCAGCGCGCACAUCAAGGGGCUUCCGCAAGAGCUGCAAGACGACAUCUUCGAGCUCACACUAGAGCACCUCCUCCCCGGCACCGUCAUCAUCAAAAAUUCCUACAAACCACCAAUGCUCCUGCAAAUGAGCCGCAAGACACGCGCCAAGUUCGCAGAAAAAUACUACAGCCGCACCACAUUCCACGUCCAAGAUCCGAAUUGGGACGCCCGCGUCUUCUCCCACCAAGGAGUGACAGACGUCACCAAGUGGAUCGCCAAAAUGCCUCAGACGCACGUGGACUUGAUGAAGCACGUCAAGAUCUCCAUCCCCUGCACCACGAUGCAAGUCGAUGGACUUUGGAGCGAGCUUGCCGCCGCGUCCAUGCGUGAGGAGAUUGAUCAGGCUGCUGUCUAUCGGACGCUCACGCGCCAUGGUCCGAUCUAUGCUACUCUGAUCGUUUCCUUUGAGCCAAUUAAUUGCCUUGUUGCAUGGGGAAAUGGCGAGGCCUGCGGCGAUUUACAAGGUGGAGAAUGA